GGAGAGUGUGGCUGAGGAGACAGGGAACGGGAAAAAAGAUGAGAGGAAAAUGGACAUAGCGUCUGACUCUGCCAUGCUGUCUCUUCUGAAGAGAAGUUUGUCUACCCAGAGUCCAGGAAACCAACAGAGGUUUUCCAGACGACCUGCAGACAGAUGUGGACGCUGCUGCUGCUCUCAUCACUCAAGAAACCUGGAGCGACCUGCCUGGACCCAGAUGGCAGCAGCAUGCCACCCUGAGCAGCACUGAGCCGUCCUCCUUCAUCCACCUGUCUCCUCUCUCCACCUGGUGAAGAUGUAGUCUGUAGUCUGUAGUCCAUGGAGAUGUCUCCAGACACAGCUUCCUCUGCCUUGUUGCUACGCUCCUUGUGGUUGCUGUUUCUCCUGACCCCCAUCACCGGGACGACAGACUCUGCCCCCACACCUGACACGUCUCGGCCUUUCAAUACCACAUUGUUGUUCGACAGUGGCGCCCCAGGCUACAGCUUGAGGAACUGCAGCUGCUCUGCACCUGUGCUGGACUGUGACGAAGCCCUGGCCAACUCUCUGUGCAGGUGUCACACUGUCCUGCGCUCGGCUCUGCCCCUCGCUGGGCUCAGAGAUCCUGGACAGCUUACUGUCUGGGUGAAGGAACUCUGGGUCCUGGAGGAGCUGCUGAACAGAAGCAUGGUUGGCCAUUUACACUUGUCUUUCUGUGGAAUAAAACCAAUGCACAGUCAGUACCUUGCUCUGCUGGGUCUGCAGACCCUCAGGAUCCACAGUGCAGCAGCAGAAGCUCCGUAUCGCAACCAGGAAAUCACACUCCUCCCUGCAGGGGGGGCUGCAGUGGAGCUUGAGGCCCUGUCCUUUGACCUCUCCUCCUCCUUCCACCUGACCAUCCUGGAUGUGGCCGUGCUCAAUGGACGCUCUGCCCUGAAGGCGUACAGUGUUGUGGGACCACCUGCUCCCACCCUCUCCCAGCAUUUCCCCCUCCUGGCCAGUCCCCUCACUCUCAGGGACCCUGUGGACCCUGUGGACCCUGUGGACCCCGGAGAUCAGGCUGCAGAGCCUCUGCAAAAACUGCUCGUCACAUUUGUCUACUGACAACAAGUUCUCACUGGAGCAUAGUCAGGUCUGUAGCAGGAGAGACAGCUGGUGCGCAGGGAUCAUAUACAACACAGCUGAAGGUUUUUACCCUGACACGUCUCAUCUCACACAUUCUCUGUGGAGUAGAUCACAGUUUGUGUGAAUGUUAUUCUGAACUGUCUCCAGAUGCUUUUUCUUCAAAGAGACGCUGAUUUCAUUCGGGCUGCUGUUUUCAUCCCUGCUGACAUAUCUCUACAGCCAUAACCCACACCGACCCAAGACUGGGUCCUGCUCAGACCAGCUGCAGUCUGUGGCGUGUACACAGGCUUAACUGUUUACAUCCAUUAAUAUUAUCUCAUAGCCUUAAUGUCUAUAUACAGGUCAGCGUGUUACAGGCUCAUAGACACUCUGAUCACCUACUACCAAUAAUUCAGUUUAAUAACACCCCCGCUAUAAAGAAGCUUCACAGCUCAUAGGUCAUAGGUCAUAGAUCACUUCAAACAAACAGGUCAUUCAUUUGAAUUGCACACAGACAGGUGAUCUGGUCAGAGUGUGUGUAUAUUCCUGUCUUGAGAUCGUGGUGCGAUAUUGAUAUUGUGGCUCCAGUUCCAAGACUGAGACCUGGAUCCACAUCCUGUCAUAUAAAUCUGUCUCAUCAGUCUACUCUGGUGAGGGUCCAGCAGCAGAACACAGAUCCUCUGAUCUGUGUAGAACCCACAACACUUGGGUUCUAUCACAUUCUGCUUCUGUGACGCUUCAGUGUCAGGGUCAGCUGAUCAGCACAGAUUAGCUUUGUUAGCUCAGCUGACUGAUGAGGGAACAGGACAGGUAACAGGUCGAGGUAAAGUGAUCAGGAGUUUUACACAGUUGUAAAUGUUGGUAAAACAUGUCAGUGUUAAAAUAUAAGACGACAUGUUGACAUGGUUCAGAGCUCUAAUGUUGGAGGGGUAGAUGGUUACCAUGGUAACAUCACUGUGUGUCCACAUCUGGCCUGAAAACAUUUCCUGUCGUUCAGAUACAGUAUGUCAUAUCGGUACAUCAGCAGGGGCGUUAGUGAGGAGGCUGUGAACUAGACUUUGGCAGAUCUGAGGACAGAGACUUGGAGAAUCCAUGUGGACACUAGAAUCCUAACCCCAUCUUAACAUCAGGACAGGGUUCAGCUCAGAGGAGAGCAGCAGCAACAUCCCUUGUCAUAGCUAGUUUACGACAACAUGUAGCCAGAGUCUUUAAGGACCCACCCAUUACCCCAGACCACUCACCUCAUAUAUCUGCUGGUCCACCAUAGAGUCUGCUGGUCCACCAUAGAGUCUGCUGGUCCACCAUAGAGUCUGCUGGUCCACCAUAGAGUCUGCUGAUCCACCAUAAAGUCUGCUUGCCCACCAUAGAGACAGGGGACAAAGGUAGUCACAGCAUUAACCAACAGUCAGACCCCCGGCCCAAAACCACAUCUAAUUCCAAAAAAAGGUGGGUUCCAGCAGUGUGACACCAAAAUAGUGAGCAGACCUGGACUCCAGAGCAUCUGACAUACACUGAUCACAGACUCCAUGCUCCAACUGAAGCUGUUGUGUGAUGAACAUCUUUCUGAGACACUUUGUGUAGUUUUUGACUUUGUCACCCAUCUUUUGGAAAGAUCAUGACAAUUAAACAGUCAGUAGUGAACUGUAGUAGUUCUGUCAGUCAGUCACAGAUUCUGGUCAAACCAGAACACACUUCAAUAUUUGGGGCCCUGUAGUGUCGACUUUACUAAUGUGAACUGGUUGUUUUCUGUUGUUUUUCAGUUGUUUGCUCUUAUUACAUAAAAGAAAAGGACGAGACCUGUCUGUUCUUAGUGAAGAGGAGAGUAUGUGACUGCUACAACAACACAGAGAGAUUGCAGUGAUUUUCAUGAGGCUGGAUGACCACCGAGAUAAAGUGGUAAUCUGAUUAAAUCCACAUUUCUUUGAUAAGAAUCAGCACUGCAACACAAUUCAAAACUGAGAUGACACAGGGUCUGAUGUGGCUCCUGUGUUCUUGAGUACUCAGAGGGGCCUGGGGUCAAAACUUAGAUUUUAUACCUUUAAUUUCUCAGUUCCCCCCCACAUACAGCCCUGGAUUAAUGGGUUUAAAUGACUGUCUGCUCAUUUACAUUAAAAUCAGGCUACAUCGGUGGAAAGUCAGUAUGUUUAAGAUUUCUGAACUAUGUUUAUGCAUCCAUGGCUGUUGAAACGUGCUCAGUGUGUACCUGCUCAUGCUCUGUAUAGGCUCAGUACAGUCUGAGUGGUUCUGUGGGGAAGAGGACAAGGACAAAUUUUCCCAUUUGGAAACUAAUUUUUCAGAUUAUUCUAACACCACAUGCUUCAGGGUCAAAGGAGCAUCAUGGGAAAACAAGAUGUCCCGUGGCAGCUGACUGCAGCAAACAAUGACUGGACCCAGUCCAGAGAAUCCGAGGGGGGUCAGGGCUGGACCACACUGUUGUUGUCUGGGACAGAGGUUGAAAUUGUUUAAUAAAGUAAAUUAUAGUGAAAGGACAAACAGACAGAAGACAGUAUAUCUGUGGUGAGAGGCAAUGAGGAGGCGCAGUGGGCUCCCUGUUAUGAAGGCUGCGUUUUUCCAGCUGCUCUUAUUGAGUGCAGAUGGCCUAAUAAAACAAGUUGUUUUGAAACAGGUUAAAAUGGACGCCCAGUGAACAAGAGUCCCAGAGCCCAGAUCCAACAGACCUCAGUGUGUUUGGAUCAAAACAAGGACUCUGAGUCUCUGGAGCGGGACAAGUUCUGCAGUUAUUAACCAGCCUCAGGCCAAGUUGGCAACAUUCAUGGAGGAGGGAGAGAGAGGGAGAGAGAGGGAGGGAGAGAGAGAGAGCGAGAGAGAGAGAGGGAGAGAGUGAGAGAGAUUUCUUCUUCUGGUUGUUUUUCAGUCUCUUUAACCAAGACAAGAUUUGGACAGUUUGAAGGAAGUGAAAAAGAAGUCACAGCUUCUUCUGCUUUCAUGUUGUCUGCGUCUUUCUGGUUCCAGUUCAUAUCCUGUCAAAGACUCUGUUAAAUCUCCUCUCUUUCUCUUCUCUUCUCCUCUUCUCUUCUCUUCUCCUCUCUUCUCUGCAUCUCAGCACCUUAUGUACUUUCAUCAGGGAGUGUAAUUAUUCAGAUUGUUAAGAUUGUGUGUAACCCACAGGUGUGUGUCUUACAUUGCAGAUCUGCAUUUUUACAACCUUUGACAAGCGCAGCGACUCAAGGUUAAAGAACAGUGUGUGUUCGGAUGGAGCUUGUGUUUGAUUUGUAUAUACUUUGGCUUAUUUAAGCAAAUUCCUGGAGCUGAUUUGUCUCUCAUGACGACGUGGAUUAGUCUUCGGUCCACAGAUCUUCUCCCUCUGUACAGUGAGAGAAUAAAAAGAUUUAAAAAGUG